AUGUUCUCUCAGAAGGUUGCCCAGCAGUCGCUGCGACGGCUUGCCGUCCAACAGCCGACCCUUAUGCAGUCAGCGAUGAUGCGCGCUUCGCCCGCCGCCAUUGCUAUCGGCAACACCCAGAAGAGACUCGCGACCUCUUCCCCCAACACGGAGGACCCUAACCAGAUCCUGGCCAAGCAGCGCCUGAACCGACCUGUGUCUCCCCACCUGGGCAUCUACCGCCCCCAGGUCGGCUGGAUUAUGUCCUCCCUGCACCGUAUUAGCGGUAUCUCUCUCUCUGGCCCUCUUUACCUUUGGGCCACUGCCUACCUCGCCUCGCCCCUCUUCGGCUGGCAUCUGGAGUCCGCUUCCAUGGUUGCAGCCUUUGGAGCUCUCCCUGUCGCCGCGAAAAUCCUGAUCAAGACCAUCUUGGCCCUCCCCUUCACCUACCACAGCAUGAACGGCAUUCGCCAUCUGACCUGGGAUCUGGGUAUUGGCUUCACUAACCCUACCAUCAUCAAAACUGGCUGGACCGUUGUUGGCCUGAGCGUGACUAGCGCUCUUGCUCUUGCUUUCAUGUAA